AUGACGCCGUUGUCACCGACAAACGAAUCAAGACUGAACACUGCAACGACCCUAACUGAAGACGCAACGAGCCGCGGUUUCUUUGAGCACUGCGAAGUGGUCCACUCCCGCACUGAGACAACCACGAGCGGCGGUAAUGAGAGCGGUAGCGACAGCUCCUCCACCACCACAACCACGACCAACACCACAAUCACCUCUUCGAACUCCGUAGACGACAACACCCGAGACCAGGAGAACAUGCCACCUUCUCCCUCGGAUUCUUCGCCGUCGCCGCCGCCCUCUGCGCCGGCGACGGCAAUCAAGCCGCAGCGCCACUCACGCGUCAUGUCUGGCACCGCGCCCUCACCGCUCAAGCUACUCGCCGGCUCCGAGACAACGGAAAAGCAAGCGCGGAGCCCGCUUCGCAAGACAGUAAUCUCGCCUGACGGCGUCAAACGCUUCCCUAUCAGAGUCAGCAACCCGUCUGUCGAGCCCGCGUCACGUUCCAUCUCUCCUCCGACCGUCUCUCCUCCGCCUCGCGAACGCACAAUCAGUCUUGAAGACGCCAUGCGCGACAACGAGGGCUUGAAGCACGCUAUUCAGAUCUUCGAGGACGACGAUACGGAGCUGGAGAAUGACGAGACCAUUGGCGGUGACACGACCACGAUGAGCGCGGGCGAGGGCGAGGGAGAGCACCCCGACUUGGCCCACGCGGGCUACGAGGACCAGAGCAGUCUCGCCAAUCCCGACGAGUCGAUGAUGAGUGCAUUCAGCACCUUCUCUGCCGUUCCCAAUUUGACCAUGUUCGCGAAACUUGGUCAGUCUCCCACAAAGUACGCGAGCGUCAGCGGCAUGACACCGCGAGGGAGGCCAGAGACUGUGCACGAGCAGCAGGAGACUCCAAGGCGGCAUUCGGGACAGGACUCUGAUGGCAACACUACCAACCUGUUGGAUUUCACGGCCAGCCAGCGGUUCCCGCACAAAUCGCCGUCCAGGCGGGGCAACACCUCACCCUCCAGAGCAAACCCCAAUGCCACUCCGGCCCGCCAAAUGUCGAACCUCCUCGACUUUGACAUUCCCGCCCUGCCUACUCCCCGCAGCAUCCCGACCAUUACACCCAGAGAACUCGAAAGUCUCAAGUCGAAUUUCCUGUCCGAAAUUAGCAGCCUCAAAGCAUCACUACUGGGCAAGGAGGCAGAGGUGACCUCUCUGAAGACGGCCGUGGGCGAUGCGGAAAAACGAGUCGGCGAGAGCUUGGAGCAGGCCCGUGAAGAGCGGACGAUGCGAGAGCAAGUCGCUGAAGAGAAGGAGAUGUGGGAGAAGAGCAGUCGCGAGAUGGAAAAGGUCCUUCGGAGCGUAAAGGAGGAGAUCGUCCACACGCAGCAGGAGCGCGAGGAGCUCGAAUCCAAGCUUGCAGAGAGUGAGGGACGACGCGAGGCCGCCGAGACUAUGGCUCAGGAGGCCGAGAGUAAGCUGGCGAGUUUCCGCGCCGGCAAGUCCACUGACGACAAGCCCUCCUCGCCUAGGGGCGGUGCGGCCGCGACCUCCAAGGAGGUCGAGAUUGCAGUGGAGCGCGUGGCACGUCGCCGCCGAAGAGGAGUUCAAGGCCCAAGCCGUCCGCGACUCAGCCCACAUCAAGGAGCUCAGCGCCGACGUCCACAGGCUCGAGGCCGUCGUCAACUCGGUCAAGAGAGACAACUCGGAGCUUCGCGACCUCCUCGCCCAGGAGCGCGUCGAGAAGGGCGAGCUGGUUCAGCUUGCCGAGGAGAUGAUGGCAAUUCAGAACGCCGCGCCUCCGCCGCCAACCCCGGCGCCCAAGCCCGCGCCGACACCUGUUGCCUCGCGGACACCCGGUCCCCCGGUUAG